AUGAUACUCUUUAGAAUAUUUUUUGCACAACAUCACGCGCCUAAAUGGGACCGGACAGGUGCAACACGCGAGUCCGAGACUGAGAUUUUCGUAAGAAGAGUACCCCACACUGCCGAUAAUGCAACCUUGAAAGCGGCGUACGCCGACUGUGGAGCUAAGUCUGCGAGUCUCUUUCUGGCAAAAUGGGGUCCAGCACACAGAGGAUAUGGCGUCGUGACAUUUAGCAACAAGGAGGAUGUGAUGAAAGCGUUGAGCUCUGAGAAGAAAAUCGGCGACCAAGUUCUUCACAGUCGAAUCGGAACUGAACCUAUUGAAUAG